CCCGGAAGUGCAAGCCAAUCAUUUAAACGAAACAAAAGCCCUCGGAAGUGUCGCGUGUGUUUUUCUUUAUUCGGGAAAGAGAAACUGAAGAUUAAGUUUAAAAAUGUUACCGGACAAAGCGCUGACUGAAGAACGAUCUAAACCGCGCCACUGUUAUCGGAUUUAUUAGUUUUUGAUGUCUUUGAUUGACCGAUUCCAUACAUGUGUCAGUGUAGGGGAAUUCUGUGAUUAGUAUUGUAUUGUAACGCAGUUUAAACGAUUUCUGAUAGAUGGAGAAUUAAGGGAAUCUGUCUCUUAGGCAUUGUUCGUGUUUGGUGUGUUUGUGUUCGACUGUUGACUGUGAAGGAGAAGCUGCUCGUCCAGAAUGACUCUGGCAGUGUUUUUUGGCUGUGCGUUCAUAGCGUUUGGUCCAGCUUUCUCCCUGUUUGUGUUCACUAUCAUCAAAGAUCCGCUAAGAAUCAUCAUUCUGAUCGCAGGGGCGUUCUUCUGGCUGCUGUCUCUGCUGCUGUCCUCUCUGGUGUGGUUCAUCGCCGUGAAGGCCAGUAACGGGGCGCAGGACCCCACCCUGCACAGGGCACUGCUGAUUUUUGGGGUUUUCUUCUCGGUCUUGCUCCAGGAAGUGUUUCGCUUUGCCUACUACAGACUGCUUAGGAAAGCCAACGAGGGUCUGGCAGCCAUUAGUGAUGAGGACGGUUUGGACAUCUCGGUCCGGCAGAUGGCUUACGUGGCUGGACUGGGCUUUGGUAUCAUGAGUGGUGCGUUCUCCAUGAUCAACAUCCUAUCCGACUCUCUGGGUCCCGGGACAGUCGGCAUCUUCGGAGACUCUCAGUAUUACUUCAUUACAGCAGGUGAGCUCAUGCAAAGCCUCAUGGGCCGUCCAGAGUAUUCAACAGCUUCAACCAUGAGGUUUUUACACCUGACCAAUGUAUAA